UCGAAUGACUCGCACACGCCGAAAGGCACCACAGUUGUUUCGCAAAGUAGCAAUUAACUCCAAACGACGCAAUUGACAUUUCUCGCUGAAGGCAGUACUGAACACAUUUUGACACCCAGCAGUGAACGUAUCAUGCAUCAGCCUUUACUAUGGGAGGAGGACUGGGAGAAGGUGACGCCGCGGGAAACCGUCAAGCCGGGGGCACAGGGGUCGAGCCUGUAUGUGGGCCUUCCCCCGCUGGCUGUGCGCCUGGCCGCCGACGCAGCUAAGGCUGCGGCCGCGCAAUCAGCAUCAGCGGGGAUACAGAGCACCAGCACAGACAUCACGAUGUCUUCGGGGCGCAAGCGGCCAAAUGCCAGCACGGCGAAGAGCCUGCGCCCGCAGCAAGUCAUGAUGAUAGAGCUACAAAAGAAGCUCGACGUCCUGAUGAAGGAAUACUCCGUGGUCGAAACGGAAAACAGCAGGCUGAGGGCAAGGCUGAGGGUUAUUGAGGCGGUGCUGCCUGUACGGCAGAAGCUUCAGAAGCAGCCCUCCCAGCCGCUGCCCAGCAGCACCCCCACCCCCACUCCCACCGGCACCGGGAUGGUGAGCACGCCGCCACAGCCACAGCCGCAGGCGGGCGACGCCACCGAGCGUCCCGCCGCCUCAGACGACCUCUGCUGCAUGAGUGGCGACGUCGGGGGUGGCGGCGGCGCGGGCGGCGCGCUGGGCAUCUCGCCGGCCGGCCUGCAGCAGCAGCACUCGCUGCAACACCAGGCGUCGCAGCACCCGCACCUCCAACACCAACAUCAGCAGCAGGCAGCCUCCGGUGGCGCCGGCGCUGUCAGCAGCUCCACGACCAGCGCCACGGCGCCGCCGCCGGGCCUGCUGCGCCUGGCCGCCGACUCUCCCAGCGCCAGCCCACACCGCUCCUCCGUGGAACCCGACCUCGACUCCGGCUGUAGCCCGCUGCUGCACCCCACCACAUCCACUCUGGAACAAUGGAUGCGCUCGCGCCCCGCCUCCUGCAAACAACAGCAGCAUAGCAAGCACCGCCACCAGCAGCAGCAGCAGCAACAGCACAGUCGGAGCGUGGACGAGGAGCGGUGGCUGGAGAUCUGGAAGGUGUGGGUGCGCGAGGCGUCGCUGCUGGUGCAGGUGUACGACGCUCGGCCAAAUGAGAUGUACAUCAAGCGGUUGGACGAGGCGUUUGGCAAGCUGCGGCAGGCGGAGCACGAGCUGGACCUGGCGCAUCCCGAGCUCGUCUGCAACAUGCGCCAAGUGAACAUGGAGACGGGCGUGGAGGAGGUGCCGCCCGACUCGUUCUGGACGCUGGUGGCGAGCGGCAUGCGCCUGACGCCGGCGCAGGUGGCGGACUGCCGCACCGCGCUGACGCUGUACCGCGAGCGCAUGGAGGUGGUGAUGGCGGAGCGGCGCAGCCUGGCCGACCAGCUGGCGUCGUGCAUGGGCGCCCUGCACCUGGCGGAGGCGGAGGGACGCGCAGCGCCGGGCAGCAUGCAGCGGGAGCGGCUGACGCUGGAGGCGGAGGAGGUGGCGGCGGCGCUGCACGCCAACGUGACGGCGGAGGGGCACACCACGGGCCUGGCGCGCGACCUGCUGCGCAGCGACCUGUUCACCUCCAUGCAGUGCGCGCGGGGCAGCAUGCUGUCCUACCCGUAUUAUCCCGACGCGCUGGCGAUGGUGGCGGCAGUGGUCGCCAAUGCCGACGCGGCUGCGGCCGCAGCCCAGCAAGCCGCCACUGGGGACGGCAGCGGAAGCGGAAGCGGCAAGGCCGGCGACGGGCAACAGCAAUAGCGGCACCAGUAAUUCCACUGGAGUGUACGGCAACACGCACGUGCAUCAAUCGGUGGCGCUAUAAUGCACCGGGUUGCUUCGGCUGUGCGUGCAGUCAAAUCCGUGUGUAUGCCGGGGGCCGCUCGGAGGUGUGUGUGUGUGUGUGUGUGUGUGUGUGUGUGUGUGUGUGUGUGUGUGUGUGUGUGUGUGUGUGUGUGUGUGUGUGUGUGUGUGUGUGUGUGUGUGUGUGUGUGUGUGUGUGUGUGUGUGUGUGGUUAGCUAGAGUCUGCAUUAAGUACCAAACGGUUUAACAACAAGACGGGGAGUUAUAGAAGUCGCGGGGGUUGGAGAUUUGCAUGUGGUGCGCGGAGCCAAACAGCGGCACAACGCGGGGCCAAUUGGAUGCUUUAAUUCAGCGCGCCGCCUCCAGUUUUCGGUCAUGUAAAUGGGCGGUGAGGAGGUGGUGGCGUGUGGUGGAUUUUUUUGCAACGUGCAGGCGGCUUGGGAGAGCCUUUCCUUGCGCACUUGUGGGUCGGUGUGUGCGGCAUCCCAUUCCAGCACAUUUUUCGUUGCCGCAGCUGUUUGGAGUUAGGUGGAGUCAAGUCUAAUACCGUACCUGUGUGCAGAACCUGGACACGACAAAAGUUGCCACUUUGGUUUCAAACGGAGGUGGUUUGAUUGGGUUUGCACGGCUUGGGUGCUUCCAUCAAGCUUCGCCUGGUGAGUAAGGGACCUACGGGUUCCCAAGCAAGCCUCUAGAGGUUACACGCACGCAAUGCUCGUGUUCGUGUACUCGGUCGCACUCAAGCUUCCACGCUCACGGCUCGGCUUUUGCACACCGCCGCAGUUAUCGGGGCGCUUGGAUGUUGCAAUUGAUGAAGCGGGGUUGAGGAGAUUGAAGUGAAGGAUUGUUGUGUGGUGGUUGAUGCGUGUUUGUGGCAAUCCCCGGCGCACCCAACCCAAGAGGGAGUUGGGCACCGCGGCAUGAACACAACCCAAUGGUAUGUUUAUGGAACCGGGAGCCGGCCUUGACGCCGAAGGUCCAAGGCGGCUGGCGGGGUCCCGUAUGUUUGUACCUGUAUUACACAUGACUGCGCCGCAAAAUGCUCUGCUACAAUUGUGCUUCCUCUUUUCGUACGGCUCUAGUACGGUCAACUUUUGCUUGGACUGUGGCGUGGUUAAGAGGCCUUCGCUUGCUUUUGGUGCAUCCGUUUGAAAUAGAAUGGUGUUAGCUAGGUAUUGCAACAUCCUCUGGGCAUGGAACUUUGUGACGGGAGUGGCGCUUUGGGGGCUCCCCGGCAGCACAUAUCAAUGGCGGGGAUGUGUGCGACGGGUAAAGGUGUUCUUCGAUUUUGUUGUUUCGGCACCUGCUGGGUAGUGCUGCGACGCGGCCGGCCGCAUGACAUUAGGCGCAAGAGGGCGAGUGCGGUACAGUGUGUGGCAGUCGACCUCUGAUGCCACAGCGUCCCGCACUGCACAAGCGUCCGCCAUGCGUUUGUCGCACCCGCAACUAACGCAACGGACGCCUUUUCGCACAAGCAAUGAAAUGUACGUGCAGGCGGCCGGUAUGAAUGAUGGAAACAACUGCUGAUCCGGGAUACUGGUGUGUUCGCAGGAGCGGGUGUGCAGGAAGGAAUGAAGACAUGGUGAUCAACCAUCGCUCGCUUGAGAUGAGGUUUCCUUCCCGCGUGGCUGGUGCCAGCGCCAGCACACUCAUAGGAUGCUUGUGAUCCGGCACUUGCGGUGAUGCCGUGCACUACCGUAUUUUGUGGGUGACUAAAAGUUCCAUGCCCAUGCGUGCACAUGGCGCUGCGCAGGUUGGUGUCGUGCGAUGGGACAGGGUAAUAAGGCUUGGCUUGGCACGCUUUACUGGAGCAUGCAGCUUUUGAUUGAUGAAGUGCGUGGAAUGCCCCUAUGGUAAGAACUGCUGUAUGGAGCUUUCGGUGCAUGCAGAGACGGCAUGUAGGCCAGCAAAGCUCACGUAUGUACCGGUCCAUCCCCUGGUCAGUGAUACGGGGCUUCCCGGGCUUCCGUGGACGCACGACCCUUCACCAGCGGGACGCAGGCCUCCGGGCGUGGUUCUCCGCGUACGAUGUCACGUAUCAUUACAUG